CUCACGCACGCCGAGUUGACGUCCACGCGGGUCCUCAAAGUUUUGAUCGCCGUUGGCGCACUCGCAGGACCUUUCACCCCGUCGUGAGCUCUGAGAUGCAGCCUCAGACCACGGUCAUAUUGGAUAAUGGUGCCUCUUCAAUCAAGGCUGGUCUAACCAGAGGACCUGAGGGAGAUGACGACGACCAACCCAAAUUGGUCCCAAACGCCAUCGUGCGCUCAAAAGGUGAUAAGACAACGUAUUUCGGCCAUCAGUUGGAACGAUGUCGAGACUAUUCUGCGCUUCAUUACCGUCUGCCUUUCGAAAAGGGUUAUCUAGUGGACUGGGAUGCGCAAAAAGCUGUUUGGGACGGCGUGUUCUCGUCCGAGGUUCUGAACGUAGACACCGCCGAGUCCUCGUUACUUAUCACAGAACCGUACUUCAAUCUACCGAAUAUCCAAGAUGUUUACGACCAGUUUGUCUUUGAGGAAUACGAGUUUCAUUCCUAUCACAGAUGUACACCGGCUGCAACGAUCCCCUUUGGCCAUCUCUUUCAAGCGGGCGGACCUUCACCACCCGAGUGCCUUGUUGUCAUCGACUCAGGGUUCAGCUUCACCCAUGUAGUACCUAUCAUCAACCAUCAAAUACAAUGGUAUGCCGUGAAGAGACUCGAUGUAGGCGGCAAGUUACUAACUAACCAACUCAAAGAACUCGUCUCAUACCGCCAGUGGAAUAUGAUGGAUGAAACUUACAUCAUGAAUCACGCCAAGGAGACAUGUUGUUAUGUGUCUACGCGAUUCUUCGAAGACCUCGAGACCUGUCGCUCGAAUCCUAAAAAGAACAUCAUAGUUCGGGAGUAUGUACUGCCAAAUUUCUCAAUCAACAGACAUGGCCGCGUCAGGCUUCCCAACGAGGAGUUAUCGGCCACUGACCAGGUCCUUCACAUGGAAAAUGAGCGAUUUACAAUUCCUGAGUUAUUAUUCCGUCCCGAUGACAUCGGUUUAGAACAAUCGGGGCUGGCAGCAACGGUGGCUGCGUCUAUCUCGCUCCUUCCUCAUGACCUUCGAGGCAUGUUUUGGGCGAAUAUUGGUCUGAUCGGUGGUAGUACCAACUUCCCAGGAUUUUACGAGCGAUUAUCAUCCGAGCUGCUGUCACUUACCCCUAUCGAAUAUGAUCUGCAGAUAUAUCGAUCAGAAGACGCUGUGACAGAAGCUUAUCGCUCCGCACUUGCUUUUGCCAAUGAUCCUGCGUUCUCUAAGAACGUUGUUACGAGGGAUGAGUAUUUUGAGAGCGGGAGCAAUGCCUCGCGGAGGAAAUUCCAUGGAUGGCAGUCGUCUGCUCCUCCUGGGGAUACGGAUAUUAGCAAAACGACUCAGGAGUCGGUGAUCGAAGAACGGGGUCAGCUAAGUCGGAAGCCUAGCCGUCCACGAAUACGCACGACCUCUACAUCUGGCCGCCGAAGAUAGAGGAAUCCAGACCUCCGGUAUUUGUGGGUCGACUACAUUUAGAUGUAUACAUUUACACUGAAGCUUGGCACCCUUAGGCGGAGGCGUGAGCUGAUGUCAAGUCUCCAUAUUUGUACAUUCAACCAUAGUAUCUGCAUAUAGAUGUAAUAAGUAUACAACUUCAAAACGCCGAUUCAAGCUA